AUGUCAACUCUAAUAGACAACAUACCAGCAUUUAAUAUGUGGAAGAGUUUCCACGACACAGUAACAUGUAUCGUGAAAACGGGAAACUGGGAGGCUGGUAUAGAAAAAUUAUCCAAGAUUAUCCAUGACUACGCCAACAUAUUGUUCAUAUUCAACAGACCGCCGAAUAUGACAUUCGAGCAGUACGAAAAUAUCCUGGAGAAUUACAAGGCAUUCACGACUUGGCUGCACGGCCAACUCUUUUACAUGUUAGGCCAAGAUAAUUUCAAAAAAUCCCACGACACGAUAGUCGAAAUGCAAAUAUACAUAUUAGAUAAGCUGUCGAACACGGUACUGCAUAUUUACCACGAGCUGGCUAACGAAUAUAAAAAAAUUUUACAAUUAUCGAUUAGGUACUUAGAAGAAUCUCAGGAAACCUCAGUAUUAGCCGUAUUUAUUCCGAAGAAGUUGGAUGAUUUAAACGAGGAAUUAAAUUUGAAUCAAACCUUUUUGGAAAUACGAUCCAAAAACAAAUGUACUACAAUGUUGCCAAAAUUACUGGCGAUUGUCAAGUUUAUUUUAAUCGAAAAUUUUACUUUUUGUUGUUUCGACGAGAACACUAACACUGCUUUAGACGGUUUGAUAUACUUGUUAAGCAACUCUGAUGAGACUAUCAAAUUAAAAAUCAUCGAUAUAUUCGUGGAUAUAUCCGUAACAUCACAUUUUAAUUCUCACGUUACAUUUAACGUAGAAAUUAAAUCCAGACUAUCGACAUUGGCGUCUCUGUUUGAGCAAUUUAUUUACCUUGCGUUUGAUUCAGAUAUUUUAAACGAUGACAAUAAGCAGACAUUCGAGCAGUGCCUUAUCAAGUACCUUAAUAGUGCCCCGAGGAAUUCUCUAAAAAUCAACGAAUACAUUUUCGAUAAAUCUUUGAAUAAUUCGAUACAAAUAUCGGAAGAACUAAAAUCAGUCGCUGCGAAUCGUUUAGAAAAAACACUUGUUAGUACCGGGAUGGUUGCUAAGGUAAUGAAUUUUUCGAAUGCACCGUUAUUGCCUAGCUUCAAGCAGUGUCUUUAUAGAAACAUUAAUGGUUUGGAGAUCAUAAACGAUGGCAUAAAAUUAUUCCGUGAAGAUAUCUGCGAAGUCUGGCACAAAGUACACUUCCAAAUUAUGCUUAAAUUGGAUCAGAUAGAUUGCACUGUUAGUUGCUGUUUCACAGAUUUUUUUAAAUUCUUUAAUUACCUUUCAAGAAUUUUACUGAAGAUUAAUCUCGAACUAUCAAAGUCUAGAAAAGAACCCGUGAAGAUCUGUUAUUUCGAUGAAAAAGAGCUACUGAGACUGUUCAUAAAGAAAUAUUUAGAGCAUACGAAUAGAUGUGAUAAAACCGGCAAAACCAUCGAAGAUGCAUUAAAUUUCCUCGUUUCUUCUGUGAUAUUAACAAACUCGAGUAAUUUAAAUAUUAUAUUUAACAUGAUAGCUUGCCCGCUAUUGCAAAUUUAUUGUUUCAAAAACGAGAAUCAAUUGAGCAACAAUUUCGUCGGGGAGGGCCAAUUGGGAGACGUAAAAAUCGCCAUUAGAGCGUUUUUUAAAUAUUUGUCUUCGCAAAAUAUCACAAAUGGUAUCUCCUUUCGCCUUAUUAAUAAUUUUUUUGCUAUAAUCUCUGAUAAAUUAUUAGUUCUUAACUCUAAACACUUGAAGGAAAUUGAAAACUCUUACGUAGCCAUUUGCAAGGGUGCUGUAGAAUCAAAGGAGGUGAAAAAGUUGUGCUUAGUAAUUGAAUCGAUUCCGUACGCGCUUACCAUAUUCGAAGACUUGGAAGUUAUCAUAACGCAGAUUUUCAACGUUGCAUUUUCACUAAAAACCCCAGACGUUGUGAAAACAGCUCUCAAAGCGCUAACUCAAAUAAUAUGUUGCUCAAAUUCCGAAUUCACGAGAAUCCUUCGAUGCACCGAACAAGAUUUUCUAAUAACAUCCAAUUUGUAUUGCAAAUCUUGCGUAUGCGAUAAGAAAACGAAUCUAUUACUCAAAGAAAACGCAAUAGGAAUAGAUUACAAGAAAAUUGACAUUGAGCAAUUCACUAUUAAUUUAUAUGUAAAAGAUGUUUUAAGUUACCUAUCCUCGACUUCCGAAGAAUUAAAAAUCGCUGCCCUCGACUGCCUGCCUUGUCUAUCGAAUCACAUCAGCCAGUUUCAUUCGAAGAGCACCACGCAAAUUUGGAGCGAGCUAGUCGGUGACGAAAGCAAAAAUGUACGGGACAAAUUCUCAAAAAUCAUCUGCGAUACCCUCAAAAAUAGCCAGGAAAACCAGAUUUUAUCCAAAGAGCUAAAAAGCGAGGUGUUAGAAAUAAUCCUCUCAGCAAUCCUCAAACACACCAAGAAGUCUCUGCAAUACUCCAACUUCGAUUUACAAAACACGAUUUUGGACACAAUCAACUCUACAGCGAAUAUUAAAGGAGAUUAUUUGAUAGCCGAAACGUUCAAAAUACUCUUCUAUUUGAUCAUGAUACCCACUUCGAAAUACAAACUAAUAGCGGUGAAUAGAUGCUACAAAAUCGCCGAAACGAACGAGAUCAGCAUUCACACGAUCUACUGCCAGAACCAGAAGGAAUUCUGCGAAACGAUCGUGCACUUGUGCUGCGUGAACCUGCAUCUGAUCGACUACACUCUCGCCACUUCCUUGGAGAAAAUCUCGCUGAUGUUCGGGUUCUACGGGUCCAAAUACUUCGUCAACGCCGAGAGCCAUUGUUUGUUGCCGUUUUUCGUAUCUAAAAUCGUUACGAUGCCCAACGUGAACACCGGUAGGCUCAUCGAAGAAGCCGCCGGCAUGAUGGAAAUGGAGGUUGCGGAUUUGCUUUCGUCGAAGUACGGUUAUAUAUUCAUUCACAUAUUUCUGGACGAUUUGCCCAAAGAGAAGCUGCGGGAUUGCAUGGUGUUUUUGGAGAAAUCCACGUGUACGAGCGGGGUGAAGCUGAGGAAGAAGAAUUUCAGGAUUAUCUUGAAUAAAUUGCUGUUGAAUUUCCACGAGAAAAACGAAAAAGUCCUGCUAGCGCUGAAGCUCCUCUGCAGCGAAGAUCCCAAUAACAAAGGCAAUUCGCUGCAGGAUUAUCUUCACUCCCAUUUUCUGGGUGUACUGCUCUACUUCGAUACCAAACUGAUCCCCAGGUCUUCGAGGAAAGACAAAGUUCUGCUCAGUUUGGCCGAUUUACUCAGAUUCAUGGGCCCGAAGCACAUAAUGCCCUUGCGUUUCAAAAUAAUCGCCAUGCUGCAAACGAUAAAAUACGACAAUUUCCCGCAUCUAACUUGCGCCGUUUGGGACGCUUUCAUCAAAAGCUGCGAAAUCGAGUGCCUGGGGCCCCAACUCGCCGCCAUUUCCGUAUCGAUUCUCCUGCUGAUCGAGCACUGUUCGAGCGAAAUCAACGCCAUAUUCCGCUACCUCAUCAUACAGAACGAAUCGCACAUGAAAGACCACAUAUCGGACCUGUUUUUCCUCAACAACCCCGAAAUAAACCGCGAGAUUAUACUGGUAAUCGAUAAAUACUUGAAGGCGCUGGAGAGCAGCACGUUGAAGGAGAAAUUGAGGAAGUUCUUGAGGUACCUUCGACACGAGUCGAUGGAGGUGAGGAUCCAAAGCCUGGCGAAAUUGAAGACGUUCCUGGAACAGAGCCGGGAGGAACUGGACCAGAUGAUUCUGGAUUACAACGGAAUGGAUCCGAUCAUCGUGGAACUCAUCGAUAUACUCGCGCAGGGUUGCAGGGAGAAGGACGACGCUUUAAAAUUGCAUUGCGGGGAUGUGCUUGGAGAAUUAGGGGCUAUUGAACCCAGUCAUAUGCCCAGAAAGUAUAAUCAAGAGGACAAAUUUUCUUUUUACAUUUGGGAUUAUUCGUUCGUGUUGAGUUCUUUAAACGAGUUAAUCAAGGCUUUUCAGGCGGAAAAAAAUACACGGAGUAUGGAUAGAUAUGCACUGGCAAUACAAGAGACCUUAAGGCGUUAUGAAAUCUCUCCGGAAAGUACCAGCAAAAAGCACGACCUCUGGGUUCAAUUUCCCGAAUCUCAGAAAGAGGUGAUGUUGCCAUUAUUAUCAUCUAGGUACAAAAUAGCACAAACUGUAUUUGCUAAUGAUUUACCUACGCCCAUUUACGGAUCUAAUUACGGUGCUUCGUUCGAAUCCUGGUUGUUCCACUGGACUUCUAGCCUGAUAUCUUCUCUGCCGAACGAGAGGAAAGAGAGUUUGAAAGGAUAUUUACCUAGCAUGAAGCAAGACAACCGGAUUCUCAUGCAUUUCCUUCCGCACAUCUUAGUGUUGGCACUCCUGGAAGGCAGCGACAAAAUCACCGAGAAAUCCUUCGCCGAAAUCCAAACAGUCACCAGUUCCUUUACGAAAGAAGUCCACCUCGACGACAAAGUGCUCAAAUCGAAACCGGUCUCCGCACAGAGCAUCGUAUCGGAUACCAAAGAAGUGACUCCCGAGGAAGCGAAGCGAUUGCAAUGCACCAAAGUGGUGUUCCUUCUAUUGGACUUCCUCGACCGCUGGGUGAGAGAAUGGCAGUGGCAACGGGGCACUGCGGGCUCCUCCGAGCAACACUUCCACCUAAUCCGAUCGUUCCAAAACGAAUUUUGCAAGCUGCAAUUGGCCAAGUGCAACUACCGUUGCGGCGAAUACGCCAGAGCCUUGAUAUACCUCGAGGAUUACAUCACGGAGAACGAAGGCCAGCUGCUCGAACAUCUCUCGUUUUUCGCAGAGAUAUACUCCCAAUUAGAAGAGCCCGACGGUGUGGACGGCGCGAUGGCCUUGCAACAGAACGAACCGUCCAUCGAGCAAAAAAUCCUCGCUUUGGAGAUAUCCGGAAAGCAUUCGGACGCGACCAGUUGCUACGAACGAACGCCCCAACCUCUCCAAUUCCAGCACAUUCAAGGUUUAACGCGUUGCUACCUGGCCUUGGACAACGUGAAUACAGCCCUGAAUGUCGCGAGGGACGCUCACGCCAACCACCCGGAAUUCGGCAACGCUUUGCUGGAGAUGCAAGCGGAGUCCCUGUGGCGAUUGGGCCAGUACGAAGAGCUGAACACUCUGCUGGACAAUCCCGACUUGGAGGAGAGCAAAAGCUGGGGCGUGCAAGUGGGGAAGGCUCUACUGCACAUGAAAAACGGCGAAAGAGACGCCUUCAAGGCGACGCUGGAGGGGCUGCAGAAGCAGCAGGUGUUCGCGUUCGGCGCGAUGAGCCUCGAAGAAGGGGCGUACAAGAGCGGCUACGGCUACAUCGCGAAGCUGCACGCUCUGAACGAAUUGCACCAGGUCGAGAAGGUCCUGUCCGAUUUGCUGCUCAGCCCGAACAACAAGGAGUACGCCGAGAACAUGAUGAAGAAGUUGCUCGACGAGUGGAGCUUGAGGAUCAAGGUGGUGCAAGAAUCGGUGGGGGUCGUCGAGCCGCUGUUGUGCCUGAGACGCGUGGCGCUGAAUUUGGCUAGGAGUAUCGCGGAGCAAAGAGUGCCGAGCGCUGUGCCCCAUUUAAACGCUUUGAUAGGAGAAUGUUGGUUGUUCAGUGCGAAAACUCAUAGAUCUGCUGGUAUGCUUCAACAAGCCUAUACGUUUUCGUUGAAAGCCGAACAGUACGCUCCACCUACGUUGUUCUUGGAGAAAGCUAAACUGCAUUGGUUGAGGGAAGAGCGCGAGCAAGCUUUUCAUAUAUUGAAGAGAGGUUUGGAAGUGUUUCUUCCGGAGGGUGGUUCUCCGGAAAUGCUAACGCACGAACAGAGGAAGAUUUGCGCGGAAGCCAAGUUGCUCAUAGCCUCUUACAACGAUCAAAUUUCUAAUGUAGAAAUAGAUGUUAUCAAGCAGAAUUAUAAGGAAUCGGUGGAGAUGUUCAAAGACUGGGAAAAGAGUUUGGUGUAUAUGGCUCAAUAUUUGGAUAAAAUUUUCCAAAAUCUGAGCGACUCCAAAGACGCGGAUCGGGAGCAUAAAUGCAGCGAGCUUCAAUUGCAAAUAAUAAAUUACUUCGGCAAGUCGCUGCAAUACGGAACAAAUUAUAUCUAUCAAUCGAUGCCCCGUUUAUUGUCCAUCUGGUUCGAUUACGGCACCAGAGUCUUGGAAGUCACGGAGAGUUCGAAAAAAGAGGACAGGAAGAACACUCUUCUCAAAAUGACCAAAUUAAUCGACUCCUUUUUGAAGAGAUUGCCUGCUUUUAUGUUUCUAACGACUUUUUCUCAAUUGGUGUCCAGAAUUUGUCAUCCCCAGAAGGAAGUUUACAUAAUGCUGAAGGCGAUAAUACUAAAAAUCCUCCAGCAUUACCCGCAGCAAAGCCUGUGGAUGAUAAUAUCCGUUAUAAAAUCCAGUUACCCGGUUGGAGCUAAAAGAUGCGCCGAAAUCCUCUGCGAUCCCAGUUUAAAAAUAGCCAGUUUGACCAAAUUAGUUCGGGAUUUCACGAGUUUAGCUGAAAAGCUGAUAGAACUGUGCAACAAAGACAUACCGCCCGAUGUCAGUACUGCAAGCGUCAGUGUUCUACUCAAGGCUCUACCAAAGUUACUGAUGAAACACGACUUCAGCCAAAUUAUGAUGCCGACUUUUAAAUUGAGGAAGCUCAUUCUUCCGAACCCCGACUUUACGAAUACUCAACACAAUCCGUUUCCAAACUCUUAUGUGUACAUUACGGGCAUCGAAGAUGAAAUCAGCGUUUUAUCCAGCUUGCAAAGACCCAGGAAAAUCAUAUUGAAAGGUUCCGAUGGGAAAAGGUACAUUUUCAUGUUGAAGGCGAAAGACGAUCUUCGAAAGGACUUCAGGCUAAUGGAAUUCAACGAUAUCGUUAAUCAACUGCUUACCCGAGAAGGCGAGGCCAGACAAAGGCGCUUGAACAUCAGAUUGUACUCGGUGGCUCCUUUAAACGAGGAAUGCGGUAUUAUCGAAUGGGUUCCAAACCUAGUCGGUCUCAGGAAUAUUCUAAUCCCAAUUUACAAGCAGAAAGGAUGCCUAAUGAGAGCAAGAGAUUUGAAACCGCUCACUUGUAGCUUAAAAGAUUCGUUAGAAAAGAAGAGGGAUGUGUUUUUGAAGAAACUCUUACCCAGACACCCUCCUGUGUUAGGAGAGUGGUUCAGGAAAACGUUCCCCGAUGCACAGACGUGGCUAACAGCUCGAACGGAUUACGUUCGAACAACAGCCGUUAUGUCCAUAGCAGGGUAUAUUUUGGGAUUGGGAGACAGGCACGGUGAAAAUAUCAAUUUAGAUUCGACAUGCGGCGAUGUGGUGCACGUCGAUUUUAAUUGUUUAUUCAACAAAGGAGAAAAAUUCGAGUGGCCCGAGAGAGUGCCGUUCCGUCUCACCCACAACAUGGUAUCGGCAAUGGGACCUUUAGGCGUCGAAGGACUGUUUAGAAAGUCCUGUAUAUUCACUUUAAGGGUCCUUAGAAACAACACGAAUACUCUCAUGUCGAUUGUCGCGCCUUUCGUGUACGAUCCCCUGGUGUCCUGGCCUCGACACCAAUCGUCUCUAGGCAGUGCUCAUAAUGCAGAAAGGACUAAUGAAGAGGCUGUCGAUCACAUUAAAAAUAUAGAAUACAGGCUUCAAGGUAUCGUGAAAACGAGAAAUAGAACGUUGACGACUCCGCUUUCCGUGGAAGGGCAGGCGAAUUAUUUAAUCAAAGAGGCAAUUAGUAUUGAUAAUCUCUGUCAAAUGUAUAUCGGAUGGGGAGCCUACAUGUAA